CGCCUCAGCUACAAUUUCUUGAUGGGACCCUGCAUCUGCAUUGAACCUCAACCACCGUGAUUGUUUCUACUUCUCCAAACAAUCGCAAUGAUUCCCACGGCUAAAUGUCUAGCUGCGAAGCCCUCGGGCUUUUUCAAGCGCAGUAUAGAUGAGCUUAGCCGCGUCUCCAAAAUCGCUUGGAACUCCGAAGCCCUUCACACUCCAACCAAGCCCUACGUCCUCCUUGACUUCGAAGAUGCCUCCACCGUUGCCGGCUGUAAGACAAUGGCCGACCGCGUCGUUGGGGGCUUCAGCACCGCCAGCCUGGACCAUGUCCCCGCCGAUCCGUCAACGAGCAGCCCGGCGCAUGCGCGUUUCCACGGAAGUAUUUCCACCAAGUUGCCCCAGAACUGGCGUGUCGAGAGAACCGGCUACGCCGCCUUCCGCAACCAAGACCGCGGCUUCUGGCUCUUCGGCCGUCUCUUCUGGGACGUCGACCCGUACGCCUACCUCGCGCUGCGCGUGAAAUCCGACGGCCGCCGCUACACGGUCAACAUCCAGACGGACUCGAUCAUCGAGACCGAUAUCCACCAACACCGCCUGUACACCCGCCAUCACCGCGUGCAGCAGCAGUUGCAGUCAGACCGAGACCCCUUCUCGCCUUUCUCCGCCACCGAAACAACCGCGGAAUCGCCCGAGCUGGCCGAAAAGCUCUACCCGCAGGGCAUCCCGGCCGCGCUGUCGGACGUGCCGCCGGCGUCGACGAUCAUUUCUGCGUCGAAUAGUGUGACGACGUCCGGGGCGGCGGCAGACACGACAGGGUGGGAGACGAUCCUCCUGCCGUUCAACGCGUUCGUGCGCACGAAUUUCGGGCUGGUGGUCGAGCCGCAGACGUCGAUCCUGCGGCAGCGCGUGAAGAGUAUCGGGAUCGGGUUGACGGAUCGCGUGGAGGGGCCGUAUGAUCUGCGGAUUCAUAAGAUCUGGGCGACGAAUGGGAUGAGCGAGGCGGAGAUCGAGGAGGAGCGGCGCAUCUGUGGGGCGGAUGCGUUGGAGGUCGAUGAGGGCGUGCGGACGAAUUGGAUUGGUGAUGAACCGGAGUCGUCGGCGCCGAGGGACGGUCACGAUCAAGCUGCUCCCGCGGCUCCUUCUCCGGCGCCUAAGGGCCAGAAUAAGGGCAAGGGGCUGAAGGGACUGCGUGAUGAGUGGAACUAAAGCAAAAGGAAGUGGGACUGAAAGAUUGAUUGAUACCACCACUAUGAAAUGUACAUUGGGACAUUGAUUAUAUAUCCCCUUUUCUG